AUGAUGAGAAUUAAUGUUUACCUCUUUGCAUUUAUCUUCCUUUUGUCUAUAAAACAAGAGAUUGGUUCCGUUGAAGGCCGAACACUCACUAUGUCCACCGUGAUGACGGCUGGGGAAAUCGUAGCUAAUGGCUCUGCGCCACCGUCGACUGAGUCACUUCAGCCACCGCCGAGCCACGGGGUUGAUACCUUCAGGCCCACGGCACCUGGACAUAGCCCUGGUAUUGGACAUUCCAUACACACCUAA